AUGGCCGCACGGGCACCCGAGCCCCAGGUCCUCCUCUGCCUCGGGGCGCUGUUGGCCCGCUGGGUCGCCGCAGGACUGGAGGCUGUCGUCAUCGGAGAGGUGCAUGAGAACAUGACUCUGCCCUGCGGCAACAUCUCGGAAACGAGGGGCCUAGUGACCUGGUACCGGAAUGACUCGGAGCCCAUCUUCCUCCUGUCCUCCAAUUCCAGCCGCCCGCCAGCCAAGCCACGCUUCUCCCUGGUGAAUGCCAGCUCCCUGCACAUCGAGGCACUGAGCCUGCAGGACGAGGGCAACUACACCUGCUGGGAGGCCCUGAACGUGACUCGGUGGUUCCAAGUGUGGCUGCAGGUGGCCAGCGGCCCCUACCAGGUCGAAGUCAACAUCUCCACCACCGGCGUGCUCCCCAAUGGCACCCUCUACACCACCCGGGGCUCCCGGGUGGACUUCAGCUGCGCCAGCAGCUCCCGGCCUCCGCCCAUGAUUGAGUGGUGGUUCCAGGCCCCCGAUUCCAAGGCCGAGCCCUUUGGGAACAACCUGACGGCCAGCUGCUUCACGCUGCUCCUGAUGUCGCAAAACCUCCAGGGGAACUACACCUGCCUGGCCAAGAACCUGCUCAGUGGGAGACAGAGGAGCGUGACCAGCGAGCUCCUGGUCUACGCUCCCCCUUUGUCAGACCUUGAGUGCUGGGCAGAGAUGUCACCAAGAUUGUUCCUGCUGCAGCUCACCUGUCGCUGGGACGGGGGAUACCCAGACCCUAACUUCCUGUGGACAGAAGAGCCAGGAGGUGUGGUUGUGGGGACGUCGAAGUUGGGAGUGGAGAUGCUGAACCGGUCCCAGCUGUCAGAUGGCAAGAAGUUCAAGUGUGUUGGGAGCCACAUAGCAGGGCCGGAGUCGGGAGCCAGCUGUGUGGUACAGAUCCGGAGCCCCUCCCUUCUCUCGGAGCCCAUGAAGACUUGCUUCGUGGGGGGCAAUGUGACCCUCACCUGCCUGGUGUCCGGAGCCUACCCCUCUGCCAAGAUCCUGUGGCUGCGGAACCUCACCCAGCCUGAGGUGGUCGUCCAGCCCAGCAGCCACUAUGUCAUCUCCCAGAAGGGCCAGAGCUCCACCCUGACCAUCCAGAACUGCUCCCAGGACCUGGACGAGGGCUACUACGUCUGCCGGGCGGAGAACCCCGUGGGGGUGAGGGAAGUGGCCACCUGGCUGAGCGUGAAAGAGCCCUUGAACAUCGUGGGGAUCGUGGGAACCAUCGUGAGCCUCCUCCUGCUGGGCCUGGCCAUUGUCUCGGGGCUCCUGCUCUAUUACAGCCCCGUGUUCUGCUGGAAAUUAGGAAACACUAUCAGGGGACAAGACAUGGGUGACGUCAUGGUUCUGGUAGAUGAGGAAGAAGAGGCGGAGGAGGAAGAAAAUGCUGCAGAAGAGGAGGAGGAGGAGGAAGAAGAAGAGGAGGAGGAGGAAGCCAAUGAGAGGGAGGCGUUCCCAAAAGAAAUGCACAAGCAUGGCCACAUCCACAGGGUGACCGCCCUGGUGAACGGCAACAUCGACUGGAUGGCCAAUGGGCUCCCGCCUCUGCAGGAUGAGAGCAGUGAGCAGCAGAGUGACCUGGUCCAUGAAGAAGACAGGCCGGUGUGAGCAAGAGAGCUGUCCUCCUAUCGGCCUGAAGAGCUGGGGAGCCUCAUGCAAGAUGAGCUUUUCCUUUUGCUUUGACUUGCACCCCUGCCUGAGGGUUUAAACCGGGGCUCUCAGCGCGUACACACACACACACACACACACACACACACACACACACACAUCUCUCCGUCCAUUUUUUAAAAAGCUGGUUUGAUUUGCUGUAACUUUUCUUAAUGAUGCUGAAAAACGUUGGGGACAGGGGCAAUGUGUGUGGGAAAGCUGCCUUCGGCAUCGGAGGUGCCCUUUUCGCUGUGACUCCUGGCUUUAUCCGGGUCGACUGAUGCUGAUUUGGGGGAGCAGGCGUGGGAGGAGGCCCUUGGCCGCAAUGCCCUUGCCACUAGUGAAGUCUGUAACCAGCUUACCUCAGCACACAGGGCAUGGUGAGGGGGGAGAGGGACACUUCCUGGGUCACACUGCCCAGGUGAGCCAAGGAGCCAGGUAAAUGUCAGCUCACCGGAAGAGGUGAGGCGGCGUCAGCUACUGAUGCUGGUCAGAGGGAGGCAGUGCGGGUCAGGCUUUUGGAGUUGGGAACACCCAGGACUGAGUCUGGGCUACUUGUUUCAUGGGCUUGGGCAGGUUGCUUUACCUCUCCCCUGGGCCUCAGUGUCCUCAUCUGUAAAAUGGGUGCAAUCACACCUAUCGUACAGGGGUAUGGUGAGGACUCUGGGAUGUGAACGUGCCUAAGAGGUGCUCAAGAGAUGUUCGUUAUCCUCUCCUUUGCCUUCCCUGGUGGAAGAAAACCAUGUCAGCUGUCGGGUGCGAGCUCCUGCCUGGACCCGCCAUUCUUCUUUGUGGAAUGGUUUCAGGCGAGGGCUUUAUCAGAGCUCUCCUGACGAUGUUUGCUUCCCUGGAAAGAGAAUUAUUUUCAAAAGAGGUAGGGGCCUUGUGGAGAAAGUGCCUUUCAUUAGAACCUCACGUUUUGCAAAGCUUCAUAUUUAAACAAGAGCCUCUUACAUGACGCUGUUAGCUUUCGGCCUUUCCCAUUCUUCUUUUCCCCUGGGACUUUGCGAGAAGGCAGGAGAAGCGUUUUGUAAGGGAGUACCUGGUGGGAGGUGGUACUUGGGCAGACCAGCUCAUCCGGCCGUGGAUGGAGAGCUGGUUUCCAUCUUCUCUUUAACGAUGCUAUGGAGAUACACUGAUCAACAAUGCUGAGUUUCUAAUGAAACUAUCGUUGACGGAUUUAAGCUGCCGAUGCUUCCAGUAGAACCUGUCUAGUUUAGAGGUAUCCCCCGCCUCCCCCGAUUUCACUCAGAUCUCUUUUAAAAAUGUCCGGGGCCUUAUAAAGGUGCAAAGAGUGUGUGCUAAGUAUAAAAAUCUGACUUGAAUUUGCAUUCUUGAAUGUUGCACAUUCUGCUCUGAUGGGCAAGACCUAGAGCUGAAAGGAGAACUUCACUUCUCCAGGAAUGGACUGGGCCUCGUAGUGAGACACUGGUGACCUGCAGGUAUGCUUGGGGUUGGCCCAUUGUCUUGAAGGGACUAAACGAAGCAAGUCCCUAGGAGGGAGUCCCGCCCAAGCUCAGAACACUGGGAGCUCAGGAGCUGGCUGCACAUGUGUACCCCUCAGGACCGGCCGUGACCUCUGCAGUCUCAUUGGGCUGGGUCUUUUGCUGCGUGGUACCUCGUGUAUGUAACCACCCUAAUCAGUCGAAGUUCGUGUCAUUCACAGAACAGGACACCAGGCAGGUUGCUUCUACAGUUACUGAACACUGAGCUAGACUCUUUAGAUGAAUUCCAUUUCUUUUUUUU